AUGAGCAAGGCAAAGUCACCCUACGAUUCGCUGCGGAACAUACCGCUGUACUACGACCACUCCGACUCGUACAACUCGGCCCUCGACCUCAUACUUGCUCUGCGGCCGGAAUGGCGCGACACCAAGGACACAAUUGAAUUCACAAAGUUUACCGAUGGCAUCACAAACACGCUUUUGAAGGCGGUGAACAAGCUACCCGGUCUUUCCAAGACAGAGGUAGACGACGAUGCGAUACUACUGCGCGCAUAUGGCAAGGGAACCGACGUCCUCAUAGACCGCGAGAAGGAGACACGCUCACACUCGCUUCUCGCGCGCCACAACCUCGCACCCUCUCUUUACGCCCGGUUUGAAAAUGGUCUCCUAUACAAGUUCAUUCAAGGCAGCGUGUGUACGCCCGCUGAUCUACGUCGGCCAGAGGUAUGGCGAGGUGUAGCUCAGAGGCUAGGGGAAUGGCAUGCCACAUUACCUAUAUCGAGUAUUAGCAGCACAUGUCCUGCGCCCGCACAACUCAGAUCACAAGACAACAAGCGUGAGUCUCUGGCUGCCAUGGCUACACUCACGCCAGGCAAACCUAUUCCGAAUGUAUGGACUACUAUGCAGAAAUGGAUCCUUGCGUUGCCAACCAGCACCACGGCGCAGCUGGACAGGCGAGACGAGCUGAUGCAUGAGCUCGAGAGCUUGACUGAGCUUCUAGGUGAUACACCUGGCAUCGGCGGCUCUAACCCCUUUGUCUUCGCCCAUUGCGACCUCCUCUCAGGCAAUGUGAUCAUCGAGCCAGAGCCCUCGUCGGCGGCAGUCUCGCGCCGCUCAAGCGCUUCAAGCGGCUCCGACGAGCCCGAGACGGCCGCCGCAUGUGUAUCUUUUAUCGACUACGAAUAUGCCACGCCUGCGCCCGCCUCAUUUGACAUUGCAAACCACUUUGCCGAGUGGGGCGGCUUCGAGUGCGACUACUCAGCCAUGCCCACACGCACCACCCGCCGCGCUUUUCUAAGCGAGUACCUUCGCAGCUUCUGCGCACACCAGAAUACGUCUUACAAUGCCGCUGAACUCGAGGAGCUGUUUGACCAAGUCGACAGGUUCCGCGGUGUUCCGGGCUUUUACUGGGGCAUAUGGGCCUUGAUUCAAGCGCAAAUCUCCCUCAUCGACUUUGACUAUGCCAAUUAUGCAGAGGUUCGCCUGGGUGAGUACUUUGCGUGGAAGAAGACGCUUGGUGGUGGCCGGGAGGAGGACAAUGAGCGCAUAAUACUACGGGAGAAGGUUUGGGCCCAGGAUGAGUGA